AUGAAAUUCAUUGUUGUACUAGCAGUAGCGAUUUCAGCAGCGCAGGGAUUCGAACCCAAAUGUCGCAAUUCAUUUGAUGCCGUUUUGUCCCCUGACUGUCGCACGUUGUACCAGUGUAUUUGGGGAAGACCCAUGGAAAUGCCACCAUGUCUGUCCGGUCUGGUGUUCAGCCGGACGUACCGGGUCUGCGUACCUGAAAAAAGCAAAUAUGACGACUGCAAGGGAACUCAUACAGUCGAAACCGGCAAAGAUGACGCUUGUGAAAACAAGCCGUGUAAGAAUGGCGCUACGUGUACUGGACUUGGGGACGACAAGGGUUUCUUCUGUACCUGUCCACCAACUCACACGGGGGCUACAUGUGAGACAGCCAUCCAAAGUUUGCCCAUAACACAGCUUUGUUCUGCUGACCCUUCUAUGCUGAUCCCCCACCCCACGGAAUGCCAGCUUUACUACAACUGCAGCCACACCUAUCAUACUGUCCCACGCUAUUUUGAGCAGCACCUCCUCGAAUGUCCCUACCCACAGUUCUUCUCCACUCAGACACAUUCCUGCCAGGUGUUUGAUGACGUCACUUGUGGGAUACGCACAGAACACAAAUCCGCAUGUGAAUAUAUCUCUAACAAAUGUCCGAUUGCCCACUGCUAUCCGUGUGACCUUGCCUAUCCAAGUUGUCAGGGUCUUCCCGAUGGGAUUCAUCCUCACGCUUCCAAAGUCGGAUCACCCGAAUUUAUGGUAUGCCGAUCAGAACGUACAAUGGAAACUGGCACGUGUCCAAUGGACAAAAAGACAGCACAACAGACUUUUGUCAAGAACGGUCAAUGUAGCAUCUAACAUGUUAGAUUGGCGACACUCUUCCCGACCUUCAACAAGGUCGAUGAAACUUCAGAUCAUGGGUAUCUGCCAGGAGAACUAUGGUCAAUUCUUAUCGUGUUUUCAUGAGAUUUUCCGUUUUAGUUUUAAUAUCGCGCUGUGGUUACUAUCUAUGA